AUGGUAUAUCUCUUGCUUAGUUACGUACUCGAUACAACUAUUUAUUUUUUUCUAUAUAAAGUUGCUGACAUACAACCAUAUCUCCAAAUAUAUACUCCAUUUCGUGAUAACCUUUUAGAAUAUAUACACCAGAAAGAAAAAAAAAAGACAAGAACAACCAGUAAGAUGAAGAUCCUAUCAGCACAAGAAAUCCAAGAACAAAAGUACGCCACAUUAAGAGGUGGUCUAAUCGGAGCAGUAGCAGGUUUUGCUACCUCAGCACUAAUGUUCAAAGUACUACCAAGGAAAUAUCCCAAAUUUAAUAUAUCAACAUUACCAUGGUCUGUAAAGACUGCCUUUUGGAUAUCACCCCCAACAUUAUUGACUGUCAUUUGUGCGGAGGAAUCAUCAAAUAAAUACGAUCAAUUGAAAUAUGGGGAUUCAGAAGAUGUAGCUAGAUUGAAAGAAUUAAGGAAACAAUCAACUUUAAGUGAAAGAUUUAUGGAUGGAUUAUUCGUUAAUAAAUAUAAGAUCAUUACCGUUGGAUGGGCUGCUUCUAUGUAUGGAUCUUGGGUGUUGGUUAAUAGGGAUAAGAUUAUGAAUACUGCACAAAAGGCUGUCCAGGCAAGAAUGUAUGCCCAAUUUAUUACAGUGGCGUUGUUAUUGGCUUCUGUGGGGUUGAGUAUGUAUGAGGAAAAAUCUCAUCCUAAUAAGAAUAAAAUGAAUGAAAAGCGUCGUUGGGAGAAAGCUUUGGAAUAUGCAGAAAAUGAAGAAAGAGAGGAGAGGUUGAAGACUGGGUUUGCUACUAAUGAAGAUAGAAUUAGUGCAAAGAUUUUCAAAUAA